AUGGCUUAUCUGGGAAAUCUGCCUAUUUUUGACCAUAAGUCAAGUGAAUGGUCAAUUUUCAAAAGCAGACUAACUCAGUUUGCGAAGAUAAAUCGCGUCGAAGAAGUGAACAAAAGUGGAAUUCUUCUCACCCAUCUUACGGAUGAAACGUAUCGCUUGGUACGAAACUUAGCGUACCCGCAAGACUUAGAAUCUCUAAGUUACUCGAAUCUCGUUAAAUUACUCGACGGUCAUUUCAAGCCAAAAAAAUGCUCAUUUGUGGAUAAAGAAAAAUUUUUUGGGGCAACCAGAAAUCCAGGCGAAUCAUUGGGAGACUGGGAAGCGCGAUUGCGAGGUCUCGCAAGCAAUUGUGACUUCGGCACUGCCUUGGAAACGAAUUUAAGAGAUCGUUUCGUCCUCGGCAUGGUCCCUGGUCCGGAACAAGAUAAGUUGUUCGAACAAGACCCGUCCACAUUGACACUGUCAGUAGCUAUGGAGCUAUCCGAGCAGGCGGCGUAUGCCAGGCAGGCGAAGGUUAUGUUGUGCACCAGCGAACAUGCUCCAAUUAAGGAGGAACCGACGGGUGAGCUGCAAUCGCCCUCGAAUACUGGAGCGCCGAAUCUUGGUUCAUCUGACCACGGUGAGGCAGAAGAAGUAAGUGACUGUGAGACUAGGGAGUAUGAAAAGUACAACAUUGCCCCCGUAGAAAGGCCUAUGGCAGAAACGGAGGCUGUGCCGUCCACAAUUGGCGAUUCCCAUGUACCGCCAACAUUGCCACUUUUAGCAACACGCCCGAAACGUACAAGACCAAGGGUGGAUUAUAAAAAGUAUUUUUAA